AUGACUGACUCUACCAUUUUAACACAAGUGCGCAAAGCACGAUUCGAUGACCUAAACAGCUUUGCCGGACAUCCUUCAGAAGAUGCCGAACGGUUUUUGAAAAGUAUUAAAAAUAUAACGAAAGCUACAAGCGAAUCCACCAACCUUGAAUUAUUAGAAAUUGUUCGUGGAAAAUUAACACAAUCAGCCGGAAUAUGGUUCGACAACAACGAAACGAAAUUUAAAAAAUGGUCAGAUUUCGAAUCAGCAUUCCGCGACCGAUAUAUCUCAACAACUAUUACCCCCAAGAAAUUUGAACAAUUAAAGCAACGACAACAGAAACCUAACGAAUCUAUCACCACAUAUUGCGACGAAACCAUAAACCUGUGCCGCGAAGUUGAUUCAGCAAUGCCUGAUUCCACGAUUAUUCAAUACUUACUCAGCGGACUCGACACAAAUAUCCGAAAAGAACUUUCAUGUCGCGAAUCAGCAAUGAAUUCGCUGACGGAAUUCUUGAAAUACGCAAAAAUAGAACAGGACUUGAAUGACACAUUCAACCAAACCACCGCGUUAUCGCUUAACCAGCAUCAGCCGUACUUCGUUCACCACAACGAACUGAAUCCAUCAUUCACCGCAGCGAUCUAUCCAAAUAAAUCUCGAUAUAGUAAUCCGCCACGCAAUGAUCACCAACGACAACCACAGAGCUCUCGCUUACAGCAGAACUCGACAUAUAAUCAAGCACAUCCAUCACGAACACAAAUUGGAAAACCAAAAACAACAUCAUAUACAUAUACAGCAUGCAAAAUAUGCAGUCGAACAAAUCAUCGAACAAUCGAUUGUUUUCAUAAACAACCGCGUGGCUGUUUCAAAUGUGGAGCAAACCACAUCAUCCGCGAUUGUCCUCAACUUAACUUAAUCAAGCCAUCAACGUCCCCUGUAUAUAUUAAAACCCUCGUUAACAAUCAACCCACACAAGCAAUCAUUGACACGGGUUCCGCUAUCUCCAUUGUUCAUUCACAUUUCCUGCAAACAAUUCGCCACAAAAAAUUUAUUUCAACGCCUCACAAAUGCCAAACAGCAAAUUCAACACCUCUUGAUAUCAUCGGCCAAAUCGAACUCGAAGUCAAAAUUUCCAACACCAAAACCACCAUCGUAGCACACGUCGCAACAAACUUAAUUACACCAAUCCUAUUAGGUAAUGAUUGGAUUAAUUCAAAUCGCGUACACCUAUUUGGUGAUGAACAACGAUUAACAAUUCCGGACACAAACAAUAGUCGUAUCUCCGUCCCAUACAUAGAACCUAAAAACCUUAAUUAUCCAGCAACAUCAGUCAAUCAAGUUACACUCGCACCGUACUCUCAAACGUUAAUUGAUGUUAAAUGUCCACUCCAUCGUGGCGAAGAUCUUCUAUUCGAACCAGAUAUUCAUUAUACAUCAAAACUCGUCUUUAUUCCACACACAUUAGUGAAUGUUGAAGGGAACCAAUCAAAAAUUUUAUUAAUUAACGCACACAACAGUCAAUACACUAUACCAAAACACACACGCAUAGGAACAUUCUCUCAUCAUUCCACCUUAUCAAUCUUUACGACAAACAUAACUAACAACCAUCGACCAACAAAUAGGAAUCACCACGACGCCACGCAAAUGUCAAAGUCGAACAACCAGAAAGUCAGAGCUGUUCUGGAUACAACAGACAACUCGAAACAAACGCAACCAAAUAAUGUUUGUCAUGAAUGUAAAGAAUACUUUUUAUCGGGCAACGACUUACAAAAACAUCUACGAGCGAAAUGUUAUUCAGAUCAAAUGCGACUACGAAUCACAGAAUUAACUAAACAUAUUCAUGAUCCAAAACGCAAAGCACUUAUCGAAGAAAUAUUAUGGCGAAACAAAAUUUUAUUUGAUCCGACACCAUCGAUCAUUGACCUUCCACCACAAUCAGCAAUUCGAACAGGUGAUCAUCCUCCGAUUUAUUCGAAACAAUAUUCAACUUCAAGCAAAGAUCAACAAAUCAAAAUGGAGGAAACACAAAAACUCCUCGAACGUGGUCAAAUCGAAGAAUCAACAUCACCAUGGUCUUCUCCAGUUGUCCUCGUCAAGAAGAAAGACAAAACGAUGCGAUUCUGCAUUGAUUACCGUCGAUUAAACGCAAUCACAAUCAAAGAUGCAUUUCCACUACCUCGAAUCGACGAAAUAUUCGACCAGUUAACCGAUGCAAAAUAUUACACCAAAUUCGACUUUAAAUCCGGUUACUUUCAGGUACCCCUCGUCAAGGAGGACCGACCGAAAACCGCAUUCUCAACUCGAGACAAUCAUUAUCAAUUUACAGUAUUACCACAAGGCAUCACGAAUGGCCCUGCGACAUUCCAACGUAUAAUCAACCACAUACUAGGCCCUACACGAUGGAAAUACGCUUUAGCAUACAUUGAUCAUGUUAUCAUUUAUUCGACCACUUUCGAUGAACACGUUACGCAUCUCAAUGAAAUAUGUCAAAUAUUGAGAAAUGUGAAGUUGCAAGAACACAAACCGAUUAUUUAG